GUCGGUUGGCAGAUGAGACCGCGCGUCUUAACACACGCAACUUCCUACACUAACGCGAAACCGAUAACCUACGAUCAAUAAUACAAACACGACGAGCACAGAGCAAAGGGAAACGGCCAGUUUAAUGGGCAAAUUUCAUAUUACUACAGAGGAAUUACGCUCCUAAGUCAUUCGGCCUCCCCCACUAUCCCGGUUACGCCGUUUACGCCAUGACUUACGUUAACACGUUUGAGUACGGAAACCUUAUUAAGCCCUAAUGCUUUUUGUUGGACUCCUAAAGCAGUUUCAGUAAGCUUAGUAUCAAGUUCAAGCGCGCGCGUUUGCACUUAUUUACUGCAACACUUACGCCACGAGAACACUUACGCCACAACUUACGUUAUCGAGCGACAAGGCUGAAGCGCGGGGCAAUGAGAUCGUCGGAACAUUUCUGAGUCAACAAACGAGGGGUCCCACCGAUAAAGCAAGUCAACGUCGCUCAAAAACAAAAAUCUCACAACAGGUGUCGCAAACUACUUUGUGUUGUCAGCACGCAUUUUUGGUACAACAACACACGUCGUAACGAUUAUACCGAGCUAUUGACGUCAUGGCGGACGCAAUUACAGAAGGAGCAGCGAAACUCCAGCUCGAUGAGGAGACGGGCGAUAUGGUCUCGAAGGGCGAGCUGAAGAAGAGAGUAGCAAAGCGGGCAAAGAAAGCAGCGACAGCUAAGGCAAAGAGUGAAGCUCCUCCAAAGGCAGCAGCAGCUCCAAAACCCGCCGCCGAAAGGAAGGAGGACGUCCCAGUCGACAUCAACGCCAUCUUCAAAGAAGGAUUUCUCGACCGUGUCUACAAGGAGCGCCCCGUAAAAGAUGUCUACACUCGUUUCCCACCUGAGCCAAACGGAUACCUCCACAUUGGACACGCAAAAGCUAUCGCUAUCAACUUUGGAUUUGCGCGUUUCCACGGAGGCCAAUGCAAUCUGCGUUUCGACGAUACGAACCCCGAGGCCGAGGAGGAGGUCUACUUCACCGCGAUCAAAGAGAUAAUUUCAUGGCUAGGCUUCACACCCGCAAAGAUCACCCACUCGAGCGAUAACUUUGAGCGCCUAUACGAACUCGCUGAAGAGCUCAUCCGCCGCGAGAAAGCCUACGUGUGCCACUGCUCCGACACAGAGAUCAAGCUCCAGCGUGGCGACGAAGGCAAGCGUCCGCGUUACCGCUGUGAGCACGCCGAGCGCGACAUCGAAACUAACCUUACCGAGUUCCGCGCCAUGCGCGCCGGCAAGUAUGCGCCCAAGACCGCCUUCCUACGCAUGAAGCAGGACAUCACAGAUGGCAACCCACAAAUGUGGGAUCUAGCCGCCUACCGCGUUCUCAACGCAGAGCACCACCGCACUGGGGAUGCAUGGAAGAUCUACCCCACCUACGACUUUACGCACGGUCUCUGCGAUUCCUUCGAGGGCAUCUCCCACUCCCUCUGCACGACCGAGUUCAUCCAAUCCCGCGUCUCCUACGAAUGGCUCAACAAGUCCCUCGAAGUGUACGAGCCCAUGCAGCGCGAGUAUGGCCGUCUCAGCAUCUCCGGCACCGUCCUCUCCAAGCGCAAGAUCGCGCGCCUCGUCAACGAAGGCGUUGUGCGCGGCUGGAACGAUCCGAGGCUGUACACCCUGAUCGGCAUCCGCAGGCGCGGUGUCCCCCCCGGAGCCAUCCUCGAGUUCGUCAACGAGCUCGGCGUCACGACAGCAGGAACCACCAUCCAACUUGCGCGCUUCGACCAGACCGUGCGACGCUACCUCGAGCGCUCCGUCCCACGUCUAAUGCUCGUCCUGACCCCCCUCCGCGUCGAGAUCAGCGACGCCGAGCCCACCGACCUCGUCAUCCCCUUCUCCCCCAAAGACGCCGCGAUGGGCACACACACCCUCCACCUCACGAAGACGGUGUUCAUAGAUGCCUCCGACUUCCGAACCGAGGACAGCAAGGGGUACUUCCGCCUCGCGCCUGGAAAGUCCGUUGGGCUGCUUCAGCUCCCCUUCCCUAUCAAAUGCACAUCCUUCACCCUCGCCGAGGACGGAAAGACAGUCUCCUCCGUCUCGGCUGAAUACGACCGCAGCGGCGCGAAGCCGAAAACUUAUAUCCAGUGGGUCCCCGAGGACUCGCGCAAGGUGGAGGUGAGGAUGUAUAACCAGCUCUUCAAGAGCGAGAAGCCGGAUGAGGUCGAGGGCGGGUUCAUGAAGGAUGUUAACCCGGAGAGCGAGACGAUUUAUGCGGAUGCGCUUGUGGAGCCGGGGUUUGAGGAGGUGAGGAAGCGGGCGCCGUGGCCGGAGGCGAAGGAGACUGGGGAGAGCAAGUUGGGUGAUGGGGGGGCGGAGACGGUGAGGUUUCAGGGGAUGAGGGUCGCAUACUUCGCCAUGGACAGCGACAGCACGCCCGACCACACUAUCCUAAACCGCAUCGUCUCUCUCAAAGAAGACGCCGGGAAAUAAACCGCUUCAUCCUGCGCCACCCUCUCUCUCCUCCCCUCCUCCCCUCGCUUUACACCCAACCCUUCCCCGACUACUCAACACUGCCACUCCCCUCCUCACCAUCCUUAUCGCCACUGUGGGGUGCUAGCAGUACCACACAACACCACCCAAACGGCCGCGCAUGAACCCGUGCAACCCCACAUGUGCGCACCCGCUUCUACGAUACAUCAAUCUUCAGCCCUCCCGCUACCUUGCUACAGUGCAGUAACGUCACAAGCUGACGCUGACGCAUGAGAGAGGGGCCGUCCGUUUGUUCACUCCUCCUUGUUUAUUCGUUCGCGUUGGCUGGUGGGAAGGGCUGGGGCUGGGGGUCUGUGUGCGUGUGCGUAUGCGUAUGCGUUUGGCGAUUUCGUUCGGCUGUGCUGGGUUGGUUGGGUGAGCGAAGUGGCCGAGGAGCGAGGUGGCGGAGGAGUGGAUAGGGUAGGGGUGUGGUGUGGUGUGGUGUAUGUUGCAUUCCUUUCCAUCUAUCCAUCUAUCAAUCAACUACGGUAUCCAGUAUCCAUCUCCUGUUGUGGCCGACUGACCGCCGGAAAGCAGCGAUCAUUGUCUUUAUGGCUUCCGCCCCGGUGAUGUCUCAGUGUACGAUUCCUGUCUCCACUCGCGCCUCUUCGCCGUUCCUGUCACCGUUCUGCAUCGCAUCGCAUUACUAGCUGUCUUGUCACUGGCACUGGCAUCGGAAUCUGCAUGUCGGUGUACCCACACAUACCUCCUUCCAAAUCAUCACUUACAUUCCCAUCCACACACAUCUACACAUCCGUCUACAUCUAUACAGGGACAGACGCAGAAACCCCUCACACCCCUUCACAACCCACAGAUAUCAAAGGUUACAGACAGUAGAGUAGAGAGUAGAGUAGUAACCAGACAUUAAUAUUCUAAUCAAACACACGCCCUCGCAAGCGAGGUG